AUGGCCUUUCAGGAACUCCUAAAUCAAGUAGGAGGCCUAGGGAGAUUCCAGAUCCUUCAGAUAGCUUUUGCUCUCUCCCUUUAUGGCCUUAUUUCAUCUCAUAUUAUAAUGGAGAACUUUACUGCAGCCAUUCCUAGUCAUCGGUGCUGGGUCCCCAUCCUUGACAAUGAUACUGUCUCUGAUAAUGACAGUAGGAUCCUGAGUCAAGAUGACCUCUUGAAGAUUUCCAUCCCCUUAGACUCUAACUUGAGACUGGAUAAGUGUCGUCGUUUUGCCCAACCACAGUGGCAUCUUCUUCAUUUGAAUGGCACUUUCUCCAGUGUGACAGAGCCCAACACUGAGCCCUGUGUGGAUGGCUGGGUGUAUGACAGGAGCAACUUCCUUUCCACCACUGUGACUGAGUGGAACCUGGUGUGUGAAUCUCAGAUACUGAAUUCUGUCACUAAAUUUUCAUUUAUGAUUGGCCUAUUUAUAGGAGGUAUCAUAUGUGGCCAUCUGCCAGACAGGUUUGGGAGGAAGUUAAUUUUAAUAUGUGCUUUAUUACAAAUAGCCAUCAUUGAAACCUGUGUAGCUUUUGCUCCCACCUUCCUCAUCUACUGCUUACUUCGAUUCCUGGCAGGAAUGUCUGUGGAACCCAUAUUCGUAAAUAGUAACUUGCUCAUGUUUGAAUGGACAAGUACCAAAUUCCUAUCCAUGGUGGUAGUGCUUUCAAUUUGUGCUACUGCUAUUGCAAAUAUGAUAUUGACAGGCCUGGCUUUUUUCUUUCAAAACUGGCACCACCUCCAGCUGGUAAUGUCUGUACCACUGUUCUUCUUCCUUAUACUCACAAGGUGGCUGUCAGAGUCAGCUCGGUGGCUGAUUGUGACCAACAAACCUGAGAAGGGCUUAAAGGAACUUAAAAAAGUUGCACGAAUCAACGGAAUGAAGGAUUCUGGAGACACCCUAACCAUGGAAGUUGUGAGAACAAGUAUGAAGAAGGAACUUGAGGCAGCAAAGACAAAACAUUCUCCAAGAGAAUUGUUCCACACUCCAAUCCUACGUAAGCGGAUAUGUCUCCUGUCCUUUAUGAGACAUUUAUUUACACUAUCAAUUUUUGGUCUGGCAAUUCACCUUCAACACCUGACUGCUAAUGUUAUCCUGUUGCAGUUUCUCAUUAGUGCAGCGUCCAUACUAGUCAGUAUUGUUGGACAUCUUGUACUUAAUCACAUGGGCCGUAGAAUAACCCAGCUGGUUAUCAUGCCCUUGAGGGGAAUCUUCAUUCUGAGUGCUGCAUUCAUACCUCAAGAAAUGCAGAUUCUACGUACUGUUAUGGCCACAUUGGCAGGAGCAAUUUCUCCUCUAUGUCUGAGUGUUGGUCGUCUUCAUACAAAUGAGCUACUCCCAACCACAUUAAGGGCAACAGGUAUGGGAGUCAUUGGGAUGUUUGGUAAUACUGGAUUAUUCCUGUCCCCACUGUUCAUGAUGCUAGCACCAUACUCUGCCAUCUUGCCCUGGAUCUUCUAUGGAGGCUUCUCUAUCCUCACUGGGUUUAGUGUAUUAUUUCUUCCUGAAACCAAGAAUAAGCCUCUUCCUGACUCCAUCCACGAUAUAACAAAUGAUUGGAAAGAAUCAAGACAAGCAAAGAAGGAGGAUCCCAUCAUUAAAGUCACAAUGUUUUAA